AUGAGUAGUGGUGGUGCCUUACUCACACCUAUCGAUACUCCCGAUGCUGGGGCCAACAAUGUGUCAGAUCUUUUUACAACCCUGUUUGCAGAUGAUGAAUUAACCGAUUCAGUCGAGCGCUCUCAAGGACUUGCUCGUAUGUCAAAAUUAAAGGCUGCUCAGGGUGUCAAAAUUUCUUGGAAGGUCUCAGAGAAUUCUCUACUUCAAAUGAAGUUAGCCCAUCGCAACGCCAAUCUGGCACCCAAGCAGCUCGACCCGAUUGAGCCUGAUGUCACCGCUGAUGAUGGUGCCUUCAAUCUCAUGGACAAUGAUCUUGAAACAAAUGCGAAGACCGCUCCUCUAGUAACUUCCCUUGUUGACUAUGAUUCCAAUACCAAUAGGGAAUCUGAUCUUGAACCUCCUCCUUCUGUGCAGGUUCCCAAAGGAUACUAUGAUGCCAACCUCCGGCCUCCACGUCUCGCUCCAUCCUACACAUCCUGCCCUACCGGUGUCAAGCGCAAACUCGUAGAUGCUGAGCAUGACUUAACUGAUGAUGACUUGAUUGAGGACAAUCUAUUCAAGGACAACCUCAUGAUCACAGAUGAUUUUGCGAUUGAGGAUGACCUCAUGUUGAUGGAUGUGAUUGAGGAUGACCUCAUGAUCAUGGAUCAUGUAGCCAAUGAAGACUCACCCUCCUCCGAAAUUGAAUUUGUGGCUCAUGUCAAGCCUGUGGUCAAGACCGAGUACAAACCAGUGCCCUUGCAGACUGGCAUCAGCAUCAAAUGCAAUGCCCCUGCAGCAAAGCAGCUGAAGUCUUCUCGCAGUGUGUCCAGCAUCCCAAGUACCAUGAAACCUCAGGCUGGUCCCAUGAAUCCCUUAGAGGUGACAGUGGAGAUCCUCCCCCAUUCUUCAUAUAGGAUCAAGCACCUUCCUGGAUGCCCUCAGGCAGUGGCUAGGUGGAGUGCCAUUUUCAUCCCUACUCUCAUUUCUGCUAUCGGAGAUCAGGAUGAAGUCUGGGGUCGUAUCGAGUCGGAAGCAAUGUUCCAUGUUACUAUACAGGACACCUGGAAUGUGGUCUAUGAAGAUAUCCCCCAUACCGUCACGAAUGAUGGACCUGUUAUGGCUAUAGCUCUCCAAUGGCUAUCAGAGUGGCGCAAUUGCAUUGGCUCCACGGCUGUCACAGUACACAUGCUGUGCUUAUUUCUUCUGACCGACGGCAUGCAGCUCAAGUUCCGACCAUCCCGAUGA